CCACAGCGGACCAGGGGUCAGAUGUCUCUCUAAGAUGGGGACAGGCAUGUGGGCUGCUAUUCUAGGGCUCUGAUCACGGCUGUCUAUUUAUAGCACUGGUGGGGGCCGCCUCACAUAGGCAGCAGAGAGGCUGCCCUGCUGCAAUGUCACCGUCGUCACCGCCUCUGCAGGCUGCGGGCACCUGCCACUACCGCAGGGAACUGAGGGGUCUUGGUCCAGCAGGGACCCCAGGGCCUCGGAGCACUGUGUGAGCCGGAAACGUGACUGGCCAGAUGGGCAGCGCCAUGGAGCCCCCUGGGAGUGCAUACCUGCACCUGGGCGCCGUGACGUCCCCUGUGGGCACAGCCCGCGUGCUGCAGCUGGCCUUUGGCUGCACCACCUUCAGCCUGGUGGCCCACCGGGGUGGCUUCACGGGCGUCCAGGGCACCUUCUGCAUGGCUGCCUGGGGUUUCUGCUUUGCUGUCUCCGCACUGGUGGUGACCUGUGAGUUCACACGGCUCCACGGCUGCCUGCGGCUCUCCUGGGGCAACUUCACCGCCGCCUUCGCCAUGCUGGCCACCCUGCUGUGCGCCACGGCUGCGGUCCUGUACCCGCUGUACUUCGCCCGGCGGGAGUGUCCCCCCGAGCCUGCCGGCUGUGCUGCCAGGGACUUCCGCCUGGCAGCCAGCGUCUUCGCCGGGCUCCUCUUUCUGGCCUACGCCGUGGAGGUGGCCCUGACACGGGCCCGGCCCGGCCAGGUGACCAGCUACAUGGCCACAGUGUCAGGGCUCCUCAAGAUCGUCCAGGCCUUCGUGGCCUGCAUCAUCUUUGGGGCGCUGGUCCACGACAGCCGCUACGGGCGCUAUGUGGCCACCCAGUGGUGCGUGGCCGUCUAUAGCCUGUGCUUCCUUGCCACAGUGGCCGUGGUGGCCCUGAGUGUGAUGGGCCACACAGGGGGCCUGGGCUGCCCCUUUGACCGGCUGGUGGUGGUGUACACGUUCCUGGCUGUGCUCCUGUACCUCAGUGCCGCCGUGAUCUGGCCAGUCUUCUGUUUCGAUCCCAAGUAUGGCGAGCCCAAACGGCCCCCUGACUGUGUUCGAGGCAGCUGUCCCUGGGACAGCCAGCUGGUGGUGGCCAUCUUCACCUAUGUCAACCUGCUCCUGUACGUCGCUGACCUCGCCUACUCCCAGAGGAUUCGCUUCGUGCCCAGCCUGUAGCCCACAUCGGCAGCCCGCCCACCUCUGCUCUCUGGCCAGCAGCUCCAGGCCCUGCAAGGGAAACUCAGGCAUCUUGGCUGCCCACAAGAUAAUGGCUAGCUCCCCAGACAUGGACCUGGCCACGGUUUCUGCCCUCAGGAAGAUGGGGGUGAAGCUGACACCCCACAACAAGGAGGCGGUGCAGCACAGUGAUGUGCUCUUCCUGGCUGUGAAGCCACACAUCAUCCCCUUCAUCCUGGAUGAGAUAGGCACCCACAUUGAGGACAGGCACAUCGUGGUGUCCUGUGCGGCCGGCGUCACCAUCGGCUCCAUAGAGAAGAAGCUGUCAGCGUUUCGACCAACCCCCAGGGUCAUCCGCUGCAUGACCAACAUCCCCGUCGUGGUGCGGGAGGGGGCCACCGUGUACGCCACAGGCAC